CACACCAUCUUCUUCGCUCUCCGCAGCGCGAACCCACCGCUUAGCAGAAGACCUGACGGAGCUACAGGACAUACUGAAAGACGACGAUGUGUCUGCGCCCUCCUCUGCUGUAUAUUGCGGUCGCUUCUGCGAGAUACAAUGAGUAUACUUUAUUUCCAUAAUUAUAAGUUGCUCCUUGGAAAUGGCACUAAAAGGGCGGUCGUGGGAGUGCUUCAAGGCUGAGCAAAAUGUACAAGUACAAUGGAAACGAAACUGAUCUGUCCAAAUUAGCUACAAGCCACCAUACCACGUCAAGGCUUUAGAGCAGGGCUGUAUACCUUUUUCCAAGUGGUGGGUGUGGCCCUUUCUCCAGAUCGACGAUGGAUUGUCAGGCAGGUUGGAAAUGAGGGGAACGGCACUGCUGCAUUAUUUAGAAAGGAACCACGGUCUAUCAUUAUCUAAUACGAUUCCAUUGGACUGACCCACAGGCAGGAGAGUUGGGAGAGAUACUAAUGCAACAUACUGAAGAAAAUGCAACUUCAGAAAACCUAAUUCAUUGUGCAGUUGUUUAUGGAACUGCUUUGCAGAGCUUUGCAACUGCUCGCCCUUACCUCACUACUGAAUGUGAAGAUGUUUUGCUUCUUCUCGGAAGGCUUAUGUUGAGCUGCUUUGAAGUAUUACUUUCAAUGACUGAAGAUGAUUUCUCAUGUGAUUAUGGAUUGCAGUUAAAGAAAUCUAUUAUGGAUGCGCAUAACAUAAUAGUGGAAUUUGGAAAUAACAAUUUACAGUUAUUGAUUGAUGUUGUCCAAAGUGGAGGAGCUUGGAAAAAUCAUGUUCUAGUUAAAAUAUUAUCUCAACAACCUGUUGAGCCAGAAGAAGUCCAGAAAUGGAUUUCACAAGAGGGGUCCUGUUUUCUGCAGAUGCGAAUUAAGCACUUGAUGAAAUCAAACUGCAUGCAGCAAGCAAUGAUCUUAUCAAAGAUUUGUUCAGACUCCGCAGAAACGUUGAAUGAUUUCUUUUUUCGUCAGUCCUUUAUCACAUGCCUGUGUACUAUGUUACCCAAUGAGGAAGCUUUUAAGGAGAUUUCAAAAAUGGAUGGAAAGGAGGUAUUGGAUACAAUAUGUAAUCUGGAAUCUGAAGGACAAGAUAACACAGCAUUUAUUCUCUGUACUACUUAUCUUACCCAGCAACUGCAAAAUGAAAUUACUUCUUGCUCCUGGGAGCUGACCCUGUUUUGGAGCAAGCUGCAGAGAAGGAUUGAUCCGUCUUUAAACACGUUUCUUGAAAGAUGCAGACAGUUUGGAGUCAUUGCUAAAACACGCCAACAUCUUUUUUUUCUUAUUAGAGUUGUGCAUACAGAGGCUGGAGACCACGGCGUUUUGGUUUCUAUAGUGUUGUGCAUAAGAGCCCUUCAGAUUCCAUCAAAUGAAACUGAUGCAACAAAAACUUCUGUUUGCAAAACAAUCGCUUGCCUUUUACCACAAGAUUUGGAGGUGAGGCGAGCCUGCCAACUCACAGAAUUUUUAUUUGAGCCAACGUUUGAUGGACUAAAUAUAUUGGAGGAGCUGUUUCAGCAACCUGAUCAAAAAAAUGACGAAGAAUCAAGUGUUAUUUCAAACUCCCUGCGCUGUGAACUUUUGCUCUCUUUAAAGAGUCACUGGAUGUUUGAUCCUGAAUUCUGGGAUUGGAAAACUUUGAAGCGGCAUUGUCUUAAACUUCUAGGGAAAGAAGUAUCUGACGAGGAGGAAGAGAAUUUUGAUAAUCCGUUGGUUAGUGAGACAGAUGUUUUAAACCCCGCAUUAGGCAGCUAUGAGGACUGCAUCGAAAAAGCACAAGCAUCUCCAGAAUAUGUUACUAAUGAACUAGAAACCACUAAAGUGAAAAAGCCAGUUGGAUCAUCUGAAAGGUAUAAAAGGUGGCUUCAGUAUAAAUUUUACUGCUUAAUCUGCAACAGAGAAGUAAUUGAGGCCAGGAUUCUCCAUCAUUCAAAAAUGCACUUUGCUGAUGGUAUAUACACUUGUCCUGUUUGUAUUAAGAAAUUCAAGAAGAAGGAUAUUUUUGUACCUCAUGUAAUGGACCAUAUGAAAAUGCCCAUGCGGCAUCGACCAAAAAAAGACAAAAUGCAGGAGCUGAAACCUGACAUGGACUCUGCUGAAAGUGCAUAUGAUUCUAUGGGUUAUAUUUCCUUUAAAACGAUACAAGAUAAGCAACUUCAAGACAGAGAUGUUUACCCAUGCCCAGGCACUAGUUGUUCUAGAGUUUUCAAGCAAUUUAAGUACUUAAGCAUACAUCUUAAAGCUGAACAUCACAAUAGUGAUGAAAAUGCAAAACACUAUUUAGAAAUGAAAAACUUGAGAGAGAAAUGUGCCUUUUGCCGAAGACAUUUUAUUACUGGUUUCCAUCUAAAGCAGCACAUGAGAAUUCAUAUAGCAUCACAGCCUUUCUUAUGUGCUUCCAUAGACUGCAAUGCAAGAUUUAAUACUAUUAAUGGACUACUCAUUCACAAACAGUCACAUCCUGACCCCCAAUACAAGUGUGAAUUAGAAGGUUGCAGCUUGGUUUUUGGUGAUCUGGGCCUCCUUUAUCACCAUGAAGCACAACAUUUCAGAGAUGCUUCAUAUGUAUGCAGUUUUUCAGGUUGCAAAAAGUUCUAUUACUCUAGUACGGAACUCCAAGAACACCUUGUAACCCACACAAGUUCUAAUAAUAGCAAAGAUGCAAUUAAGGAAACAACAUGCAAGCAAGAAAAUCGGCAUCUUCCUCACUUUAAUAAUCAAGCAUACUCACUCAGUAAUUUGGACAAACUUUGUGGCAAUAGCCCCAUGCUUCAAGAUAGAAAUAUAGUGCCUGAAAAGAAACUUACAACAGAGGCUGGGGAUAUUAAUUCCAAACAAAUACAUAAACCAUCUGAACAUUUACCCACAUUAACAAACUGCUUAAAAAAUUCAGAAGGUGUGCACUGCACUUGCAAAAUAGCAAAUACAGUUAAAGUCAGUCUCCAAAGGAUUAACCCUCUUCAGUUUUCACAGAGCUUGGCUGGACAUGAUACAGUUAAUACCACAGAUAGAAAAUACAGUGAGUCUGCUGUAGCGGGCACCCAAAAAAUUCCCUUAUUGCCUGAAACUGAACACUUAAACUGUGUUUCAAGUUCAGACAAAACAAGUUCUGCAAAAGACGGUGGUGAGACACAUUUCCCCUCUGGAUGUCAGAGAUCAGCAUCAGAGAACACCAUAAAUGAACUUCUGACUAGUUUGAAGCAUUUAAACCUAAAGAACUCUAAUUCAUGUAUAAACACCUCUGGUGCUCAAGAUUCCGAAGCAAAUUCCAGCUCAUCCAUUGAUUGUGCUGUUCCAAAAAACCCUUUUCCACAGAAACAUGAAAAAGUAUUCAGUCAGUAUCUCACCCAGUUAUCUUGUAAACCGUACUUCUGUGAACUUAAAGGAUGCACGUUUGCUUUUGCUACAAAAGAUGCUCUUUUACUACAUUAUGUAAAGAAACAUCAUUACACAAGGGAAAAAGCUCUUAAGUUGCAGAUAUUUCAAAAUAAAUGUACUCCAUUUCAAUGCCAUAUCUGCAAAACUGCAUUUUCAAGGAGAACUCUGCUUCGAAUUCAUUACAAAAAAAUACAUCACCUAUCUAAAGAUAGAGCCACCUGCCGAACAGGAAGACGAAUGCUGGAAAAUAAAAUUAAAAUGCACAUUGAUGAGAGUCAUAGCAAUUAUAUUAAAUUCCAAGCAAAUGAAGCCAACACAUUGACUCCGGACAGGAGAUCCCUAUUCCAAGAAGUCAAUAAUGAACCUUACACUGAUUCGUUAUCUGAUGAAACAGAUGCUGGUAAUGGAAUCGGCACAUCUGAAAGUCAUGCAGACAACUUUAAAGUCGGGGAAGGAAGAGGUAGAAGACGUGUUGUGGCCCAAGGAAAAUUGUGUUACAUAUUAAAUAAAUACCACAAACCAUUUCACUGUAUCCAUAAUGCCUGUAAUUCCUCUUUUACAUCCCAAAAAAGCUUAGUUCGUCAUUACCAACUGGUCCAUCAAUAUAACAAAGAAUCUUUAUGCCUAGAAAAAGACAAAAUCAAUACUAGAAGGGAGUAUGGCAAAUGUAGAAGAAUAUAUACCUGUAAAUAUAAGCAGUGUAGAAAAAGUUUCAUUUGUGCAAGAGCACUUUCCAAACAUUACACAGAAUAUCACAACCAUAGUGAAAAUGAAGAAAAAGAACUUGAUGACACAUAUGCAGAGAACAGCUCUAAACCCCAAACAGAUGAUGAAAAAUCCAGUGAUGAAACAGAAAGUGAUGAGUCUGAAAUUUACUGUGAUGUAGAAGGCUGCAGUGCAAUGUUUUCAGAUCAUGCAAGCUACACUCGACACAUUUUAUCCCGUCACAGAAGAUAUAAACUGUAUCAAGGACUAAGAAAAAGAAGACUAAAUGUGGAGCCAGAUGACAUGCAGGGAAAUUACAUUGCAUCAAGGCAUGGAAGUAAUUUGAUGUUUAAUAGAAAAAAACGUAGAGUGAGAAAAAAGGAAGACAAAAAGGAGUCUGUUGAAUUAAAAUCAAGAGGAGAAGCCUUACAAAUGUGUGCUCAGAAUAUUGAUAUCACUCAGUUUCCGUGCAUGGUCCAUGGUUGUUCUUCAGUUGUAAAAUUAGAAAGUAGUAUCAUUCGGCAUUACAAGCUAACGCAUAAUCUGUCCGCAUCUUACGUUGCCGACAGUAUUCCAGAACUGGUCUACUGUGUCAAGAAUUUCCCACACUGUAAAACAGAAGAAGACUUUUCAUCUGAAGCUCCUGAGACCAGUCCAGAGAUGCAUGAUUUAAUUCAAGAACAUGAAAUACCUAAAUUACUCUUGCAUGGUGAUAUCCACAAUACAUGUAAUGGAGAAGAGCAGGUUCAGAAUAAUAAGUCAGACUUGUCCAGUUCAGUGGAGAGAGACACUUUAAAUCAAGAUAAAAUGUUACAUUGUUGUUUAAGGCAACCUGGUAUUCAUUCAUCUCCAAAAGAAUGCACCAGUUCUGGUGCAAGGCCAUCUUUUGCUAAUUUUCAGUCGUGCAACAUGGAUAACCAUGGACUACAAAAUUCUGUGGACUCGGAUUCAUUUAGUUCCCAAACUGUAGAUAUUGAAAGACAGUUAACGUUGAAUUUAAAGGCUAAUUUUAAGCCAAAUGAAUUUGAAUCCUCAUUUCUGAAAUUUGUACAGGAGACUAGGGAUUCUGAUGAUGAAUGUGAGGAUACGGAAUGGAAACCGCAACAGCACUGCAAAUUGCAGAAUUCUUUCCAAACUAAAGAAACUAGUAGAAAUCACCAUAAAGUAUGCUUACCCCAAGACCACAUAGGACAUGAUGAUCUACAAGGAUUCCAGCCUUUGUUGUCCAGUAAUGUUCAGACUGCAACAUCAGUACCUACAUUGCAAACUCUAAGGGCCAUAUUGGAUAAAGCAUUAACAGACUGUGGAGAUCUCGCUUUAAAACAACUCCAUUACCAACGGCCUGUUGUAGUUCUGGAGCGAUCAAAAUUCAAUAUCCCCCUCAUAGGCUUGUUCUCAAGUAAAAAAACUGACAAACUGUGUGUGGGGAUUUCCUGAGAACUAAAUUAACCAAAAAGUGUGCCAGUAUUAAUUUGAGGAAUCCAGGAUUAUUGAUAAAAAAAGACUUGUAUUAUAUAGAAAUUUUGUGCAAUUAGAUGUAUCAUUUCCUGAAUGUAUUUUAUCUGUGUUCACAAAUAUACAUUUGUUUAUCUUCCCAGAUUAAAAAAAAAAAAAAAAAAAAAGUUGGUGCUAGGACAUCAAUAUAAUUGGGCUUCCUUUGGAAAUACAUGUGCAUGAUUGUCCUGGGAUUUGGAUAAUACAAAUUUUUCAUACUUGAAUGAAUAUGCACUUAUGGGUGCUUUCUGUAAUAUAUUGUACACUACGACCUCUUAUAUAUUUUUUGAGUUGUGUUUCAAUAAAUUGCAAACUUUCACCUGUUA